AUGUCUCUCCUAUCGGUUUUUGCAGGCAGCCGAGACUUGUCGGGGCCUAGAGCGAGCACCUACGCACGUGACCUUGACCUCGAAUUUGAUACACCUCGACCCCGCACCCUCGCCCCACCCCCGCACGAGGAAGACGAGGAUACAGUGUACGACAUACGCGGACAGCGUACGAAUCGUCGUAACUUGUCCGACGAUUUUGCAAGCGAAGUUGCCGCAACAACAAGACGCUUCAAAGCCCACGCAGCAAGUCUGAGUUACGACAGUGAGCAUUACGACGAUUUGCGGCGAAAUGCGAUCGAUCGACGCCAGGAGGUGAUGGAGAAAUUCACAGAGUCGGCGAAGAAUGCCCUGGAGGAGGCGGAUGUCGCCUUCAAGAGGCGCUCCAAAUUGCUGAGCGACGCGGAGGGCGAGCGCAGCGCCGCCAUGACGCGGUGGUCGAAGCUGGCGGAUGUCGAGACCGAGUCAUCGGGCGCUGCAUCACGCGCCCGCCAGACCAAGGCCCGGCUGAAUGACCUUGAGAGUGAAAUGGAGGAGAUGGCGGAGAGGCAAGCCAAACGCGAACGACGCGCUGCUGCCCUCAGGGCCCUUGUCAACGAGUCCGCCUCGUGCGACGAUUUUGUUCAGGAGUCCGUCAAGAAGACCCUCAAGAGCAGCGAGAAGCACGUGUCCUUCUAGGAUUAUUUCUAACAUCCUUUCGUCUUCCUGUUCUAUUUAUGUUAUGGCGUCCUCUCAUCUCUCUCUCUCUCUCUCUCUCUCUCUCUCUCUCUCUCUCUCUCUCUUUCUCUCUCUCUCCCACACACAAGUACACUCAGAGGAAAACCUAAACGUAAUCGUAUAUUUCGUCACUUCUGCGUGAAGUGAAAUUGUACGUAAUUUAUGUUUGGGUUUUCCUGUGUGCACUCUUUCAAUCUUUAAAAAUUAAGGGGUAAAUCGGACCGUUUUUAAUAAUCGAUAAAUGCGAAUCGGCGCAGGGAAUUUCGAUUUUUUUCCAAUUUGAAGGUUUUUUGGGGGUUUGAAAUGAGCCUUGAUUUAUUGAAAUUGUAUCGUUUGGCCGGCAGUUAUCGAGGGUUUAAGGAGGUCCGUUUUACCUCGUCUUUCCCUACAGGGGGCCUAUUCUCGAGUUGUGUGAAGAUACUUUCACAUGCGAAAGCCGACGUUUCACAGGGCUCGGAUCUUCAGGGCAUUAUUUUGUGCCUUAAUAAUUUCGUUUAAAUUUCACUAGAGACUUUUGCUUCACAUGUGAAUAUUUUUCGUCGAUGAAUGUCAAUAUUCACACAGCAUUUCGUUCGUAGUGAUUCACACACCGCUUCGUCCGUCGUCUUUGGAACACAUCGAAGAGUAGAUAUCUCUGUAAAUUAUCCAUUUUUGCAAACCAUGACAAUAGCCACAUUUUUUGUUAAACUAAAUGACGAAAAGAAAGGUGUUAAGACAAAUGUUGUGUUGGCACUGGGAGACGAAAAAUCCGUUGACAAAGAAUAUUCACCUGUGAAAGUAUCUUCACACAACUCGAGAAUAAGCCCUCACGUGUCCACCUAAUACUCAGCCCCGGCGGGGCGAAGUUAGGGAGAUUUUACUGUAUUUUCUUCUUUCUUCAUGAUGAUGUCACGUGCGAAAAAAAUUCGUAGAAAAACCUGGAGAAUUCGCAAGGGAAUUCUAUUGGAUUCCUAUUGACAUUUCUAUUAGUUUGUUUGCGGGGUUUUUUAAUAGAAGGGUUUAAUGGAAAAAUUCUAUAGGAACAAUGAAGAGAAUUCGAUUCUUCUGUACAACUUAUUCCAUAAAAAUUUCUCUUGGGAAAACUUGGGAAAUUCAUGGCGAGAAAUUUCUACAGAAUUUUUAGUGUCUCAAUAGAAAAGUUGUAUAGAGAGAUGAAAUAAGUGAUUAUUCUGCUGAUUUUUUCCAUAAAAUAAUUUCUAUUUGACAUUUUUUAUAAAAUGCGCGCAGUCAAGCUGCGGAAUUCUUCAGUAGACUCGACCGGAAGCAAAUGGAAUUCUCAUUAAAAAUUCAAUAGAAAUCCAAUCUAAUUUUCUAUCGAGUUCGCUAGGUUUUUCUAUGAAAUUCUUUCACGCGAGGAGAUGAGUUAUCCUGAAUUCCAGGCUUGAUAUAUGUACGAUGAUCCUACCUGUUCGUGUGUACACAUUUGUCCCAUUUCGUCUUUACGAUAAAUAAAUGACUGGUUAUGGAAAUGA